AUGAAUGAGGCAGGCACAGAAAGUUCUUGCAACGAGAGCAGCCAAGUUCCGGUUUUUGAGCCUGCGGUUGGUUCCACUGCAUGUUGCAAUUUCGAUGGGCUCCACUGCGCCGGUUGCAUGGACUUAUCAGACGAUGGAAGCACUUGUGUCACCUGUGCUGGGGGCUUUAUCCAAAACAGCACAGUUGGUGCGUGUCAAGCCUGCAUGGACUUCACCUGGGAGAACAAAGAGGGACAGAACUGCUACGAGAUCUCCGCCGAGAGCUGUGGUGGGGAAAAAUUCAAAGGUUUUUCCUCCAACGAAGCCUGCUGCCAUUGUGGCGGCGGCCAUCGCGCAGCAACACCCUUCACGUAUUACGUGGGCCCGACCGUUUUGGGCGCCUCGGAGAUUGUCGGGCAUCCCGUGCCCCGCACCGGCUCCAAGUACUCCGUUAACCAGGAGUGUGAGCUGGUGAAGUACGGCCUGACGAUCGAUGCCUCCACCGGCGAAUUGAAGUUUGCAGAAAGUUGCAGCGGACCCAACGUGGGCUGCGAGGGCUCCAAAGCCACUGAGGCCUUCACUGUAUCCUGCACUGUCACGGCCGAGCAAGAAGGACCUGACGCCUUGACAGCCUCUGCUCUUUUGACGGUGAUCGCUUAUCAGGGCUUCUCUUACACUUCGGCUUACCCUCGGAUUUUCCAUGAUGAUGUACAGACUUCAUACACGCCCGAAAUAGCAGGUGAAGUCACUCAGGACAGUUUUCAGCUCUCUGGAUGUUCGCCUGAUGUCUCAGGCCGAGUGACUUUGGAUGCGAAUUCGGGCGUGCUGACGCUUGACGCCAACGUAGACGCCGCAAGCGGUGUGACCGGUGUCGACGGGGUUGGUGCAACCACGGGCGCUGUAUGCUACAUAACGGCAACAAUUGACUCGGUUUCUUCGACGGUUCCCGUGGUGGUGCUGUGGCCAGAGAUUUGGGAUGCUUUGGCCUAUGAGAAUCAUGAUUCCAGCACCGUGUUGUACGCCACGGUGGGACAGAGGGCGCCGCUUUUGAAGCCGACCGUGGAAGAGGGCAAAGUACCACCGAGCCGUUUCUCCGCUUAUCACAGUGAUGUGUCCUUCGAUGUCUUGACGGGCGCCGGAACUUAUCAGGGCCUUUUGCUUUUCCACCUCGACGUGAGCACUGGCUACUUCAGGCUAGAACCUUCGCCAGCGCUCGUGGACGUUCUCGCAGAUUUCACCACCCGUGCAGAAUUGGCAUUGACCAUUACGGUUUUUGCGCAUUACGAGUGGCCAGCUCUUGCAACAGGCCCGGUGAAGCAGAUGGAGCUGAUGCUUUCGAUUCGAGAUUCCACCUGUUGGGUGACUCAAGAACUCAGCUUUUCUGCCAGACAGACCUUGGGCAGUGCUGACUCUGAGGGUGCCUGCAAGAAGCUGUGCCGCUCAGAUCUUCAAUGCACCCACAUGAGUUUCUCUGAUUCAGUUUGCUAUUCCUACAGCCGGCUGUGUACUGGAGACUGUGAAUAUGGGACCGUGGAUGUGGUGGCUCGAUAUGCGAAUUGCGCUGAGAGAACUUCUUGUGUGACCAUCUCCAUGAAUGACCACUACUACUUGUCGGGUGAGUAUUGCCCUUAUGGUGAGAGUGGAGACGGCCAGGUCUUCUUGAAGGUUGGCCGGACAGAGCAGGAUUCUUUCUGGCUUACAGCAAACGAUGACUCGGGUUCAUGUGACAAAGACACCUACGGUUCCAUGUUGCGCACCACAGAUGCGACGCACGACUUUUGGAAUGUCUCCAAGAAUUACGUUGAGCACCAUGGUGAAGUCGUCGCAUGCAUCGGAAAAACCAUCUCUCAGAUCGUGGACACCGUCUUUGAGACCUCCUCAUCACUAGUGUCUUGGUGCUCAGAUGGCAAGCUGGAUGAUAGUGGCACUUAUUGUUGUUCUUUCGGCUGCACACAAUGCACUCAACAAGGUUGUGGUAGUGCUGGCACAGUCGAGGGUGAUGUUUGUUGUUCGCAAGAGAACGAAUGCACUACGAUUACAGAGGUCGGAUGCAAAGUUCCAGACACGCCUUUGGACCUGGUCACCAUGGCCUCGUUGUCGGCGCCGUCCUGUGGAGCUCCCAAUUUGACUUUGGCCGAGACCAUUCGAAGUGGCUCCAGCGCCACGGCGGAAGUCUCUGAAGUCUUUGGUUUGAUCUUGGACGACCCGGCGACAGAAGUCGAAGCGGACUAUUGGUUGCAUCCGUGCCAUUGUGCCCCACCCGACUGGGGCAACAAUGCUCCAGUUUCCGCCGAUGCCUUUGCGGAGACCCCAGCCACAACCAGCAACAUCUUCGAUGCUCCACCCUUCCAGAUUGUGGACGGCGCGUUUGUGUGUGAACAGGCGUCCUUGUUGAACAUCUAUUUGGCCGAAGAUGAUCCAACAGCUGAGAGUUUUCAGCCUACCGAUGUUCACACCUGCCAAGUGCAUUGCGCAGAUGAAGAAGAAGUGACUGGAGAAGCAUGCUAUUUCUUCUGGUUUGGCACAAUCGGGCAGAGCCAACAAUGCUGGACCUUCAAAGCAUGCACGACUUUGUUCCGUCGUGUUGGGAUGAGUGGACAGCUCAUGGCCACGCCGUGGGGUUCAAAGGUUUGCGCGCUGGCCAACGCUGAGCUUUGUUGGCACGUGACGAAGAGACGAGAAUUUCUUACUGCCUCCCAACCGCAGACCUACCCGACCUGUUUGCACCAGUCUCUCUUUGAGCAAUGCGAUCAGAAACUCAUGCUCGGAGGCACCUCAGUCUCUGGCUGUGGCCAGUGCAAGUAUGCUCCCGUUCCUCAAGACUAUCCAACAUGGAGUACCAUCGCAGACUCGGAGUACCAUCGCAGACGUCGCAGCGGUAUAACCUUGAAUGUCGUGGAGUUUGGUGACGCGCUUUUCGAGGACAAUAACAACCUGAUGUAUGGAAGUACGUCAGGCGCGGGUUUCUCAAGCGCCAACACCGUUGGUUCAUUCCUCUACGGUGCAAACUGCUAUUACAUCCAGCAAGACAAACAGGCGUUUGCCAAUGAAUCCGACGCAGAAGUUCUUACAGUGACUCCACCAUGGGAUGCCGUCGUUUAUUUGCAGUGGUAUGAUGCCGAGGACUACGUCGCCAUGAGCCAUUUGCGGGUCGAGCCCUUCAAGAGAUGGCCGACCUACAAUGACUGGAGCUAUGUCAUGAACGCCAGCAAUCCGUUACGUCCUUACCGGACGAUGGAGUCCAUGUGGUUCAAACAAAAGGUCUCGGCAGGCGAGCCUGUCGAAUUCUAUGGCUCUGACCCUGGAACCAACGAAGAAUAUCUCCCACCCUUGAUCUUCUUUUGCCCCGCCAACAUCGAAGCCACUUUGUCUUUGUCGAAGUCUGUGAUGCCUUCGGUCUUCGAACAUGGCAGUUCUCUUCAUGCUCGUUGUUGGACGGAGCGGUAUCGUUCCAAGGACUCUGAGAAUUACACGGCCAUUGCCGCCGAGAUCCGCUGCGUGGCCGGUACCUGGGUCAACGCUGAGGGUACCAAGGGCUUGGCCAACUUCGAGCGACUCGAACGGCAAUUGUUUGGAGCCAUCAGCGCGUGA